AUGGAGGAUGAAGAUGGGGAGCACGAGGCAGAGCCUGUGCUGUGGCCCAUCCGGUACGGACUGGCAAUGCCCUACAUGACGGACAAGUACCGGACCGGGGGAGAAAUAGACCUCGGUCUGCGCGGCGGAUUCCUGCUCGCCAAUCGCUUCCGCAAAACACAAGAUGAAGAAGAUCACACGAAGGAAGACGAGAUCCAGGUCCUUGCACGUGCCACCUCCACUUAUGCGCGUGCCAUAGCUCAAGAGGAAGACGAGACACUCAGAGAUGUGCCAGCUUUGGAGGCGUGCACGCGUCUGCAGCCCCUGAGCGCUCUCGAGCUGGUCCACAUGGCCCCGCAGCCAUUUUUGUCCGCCAACGACCUCGUCACGCCUCCCCUUACGGUAGCCUCCGGCGUGGCGCCACAGGAACAGGUGAGCGUUGUGGUGGCCUCGCCCCUCACGCACCUGCUGGUGCAAGAGGGCCCGGGUGCGGACUUUGUGCCGUCGGUGGUGGCCGCCGCAAUGGGGCUGGGCGAUUCCGAAGAAGAGACUUCUUCUGCCGCCGCCGGCUUGGAGGACAAGUCCGAGUGCAUGGCCUGCGUAGCCCCGGCCGCUGGCUUUCCGGCCUUCCUCAUAUUCGUCACGGGCCUGGGCCGAGACACACUCAAUAUCUUUUUCACCCUUAUGAUGCGUGUUGUUCGUGCUGUCACCGUGAACAGCGACGCGGCAGGCCCGCCGCGACCGCGCGUGGCUGUUACGACCGCCAACUCCUGCUUCAUCUUCUCCAUUAUGAGUAAUCCCACCCUCAUCACAAACACGGAGAACCAGUCGUACCGACUUCAGCAGGAGAAGAUCAUCAGACUUACAUCGCAGCCCAUCGAUAUCGCAAUCUCCCACCACACCUCCGACCUCGUCAUCGUCACCAGCAAUGGAACGGUUCACCUGUGGGAAGCCAGCAACCCGGGGCGACUCCGGGUCAUUGAAAAAGCGCCCACCGACGGCCCGAGCGCCAGCAUCGGGGACUACGUAUGCACGUUUGGCGCGCAUCCGCGCUCGCUGCUGAUGGUCAAGCGACGGGUCGCGCCCGAGCUGCUCCGCUUCGAUUUCGCCACCCGGAAGACGGUCAAGUCGACGUUGCCACUCCCUUCCGUGGCGGAGAGCGUCCUUGGUCUUGCACGACAUCCCUGGCAUCCGUUUCACCUCGUCAUUACGACUCCCCAGCACGUCCUGCUCUUUGACGAGAGGGAUACCGGGUCGUCUCUGCUAGCGUGGCGCCAUCACAUGCUGAAGGAGCCGCCGACCCUCGUCACCCUCCUGCAACCACACCCCGAGCAGUUGUCGACGUACAUACUGGUAGCCAAUCGCUUGCGAGGCGAGAUUUUAUUCCUCCAGUACACCCUCGCGAAACGCGCCCAGAUGACUUACAUGCAGAGCGAAAACAUUUCAGGAAUGGACUUGAUGAUGCCCGCGCUGGACCACGCCGAGGAGGGAAAGGGCGUGUGGGACAGAACGGGCCAGCUGUGCACGGUGUUCAGCCCCGAGCGGCCGAUCGGGCUGCCUUCCGUCUUUGCUUCGCGCCAAUAUGACGUGAUACAGUCGAAGUAUACGGCGUAUGACCCGGUGCGGAACGUGCUAGCGACCAGCCUCCUGCCCAAACUCCUGCUCGGACUAUGCGCCUUCGUCACAACUGAAGAAGACGACGUUGCUCGAGACGCUGCCUCGCCGCCCGCCAAUCGACACAUGGAAGUGUUCCAGAUGUCCGAGGCAGGCGACAUUUUCAUGCAGAUGUUUCGGCUGGUGUCAGCAGCGCGAGAGCAAGAGAGAAGGAAGAAGGAAAAGAAGAACGAGAAAAGGGAAGAAGAAGAGCGGCCACCAUCGCCGCCACCACCAUCGGUGUCGCUCAUGUGGGACCACACCGACGCGCGGCUGAUUACGACCGACGUAGAGCUGUGGGACCGGUGGGAGGCCCGCUUCCGAGGGCAGCGCCGCCAUCGGCCCGACGCCGGCCCGGAGGUCGAUCCGCACUGCAAGCUCGACCGGACGGACCUCCUCGCGUACCACAUCGCGGCCGAGGAAUACGAUUCAUCGGCCCAGCACGUGCAGAUGGCGCAGCGGGAGGACGAGGAGCGGCUGCGCGACAAGCUGCGCGACGUCAUCGCGUUCCUGCGGCGCGGCCAGAAGACGGUGUUCGACCUCCACUGGCACCUAAAGUGCGAGCUGGGCCUCGUCGUCUCCCCGCAGGCCAUCGCCCGCUUCCUGGCCAAGAUGUACGCCACCAAGCACGAAAACGGAAACGAAAACGAAAGCGGAAACGAGAGCGAAGCCGCCAGGUCGACGACAACAGCGGCGCCGGCCGGGAGCGGAGUGUCAUCGAGUUUCAACGACGCGCGCGGGGCCGUGCGGCGCAAGGACACGCGAACGGAGCUGUUCGAGCGCCUGUACAGCGCGCGGCCGAUCGACGAGGCGCUCGAGGGCUUUGGCGAGUUCGGGCGGCUGCUGGCCGACGCUGACCGGCGCGCUCGGGAGGACGCCCAGCGCGCGCAGCGCGCCAAGGACUCCAAGGCCCGAGCGCGCGAGCGGACCGUUGCCAAGCGACAACGCCAGCGGCAGCGGCAGCGCCGACAGCAACGCGAGCGCGAGGCCGCCGAGAACGACGACAACAACUUCUCGCUCUUCCCCAUGACGCCUGUCAACAGCGGCGUUCGCCACCACCAGCUGAGCCCGAGCCCGUUCGGCGGCGGGCAGAGUCCACUGCCGUCGCCCAUACUCCCUUUUGGCAGCGCCAGCUGGGCCUACGAGAUAGGCGGCCCGAGGGUUGAGCCGUCAGCCAACGACUACGAUGAUGGUGGUGGUGGCGAUGAUAAAGAAGAUGACGAUGAAGAUGACGAUGAAGAUAAAGAGAAUGAGGAGGAAGAGGAGGAAGAGGUGGACUACUACAAGAUGGGCCUGGGCGACCUGGCAAAGAAGUGGCAGAAUCGCGAGCGCGAGAUGCGACGUAAGCUUAACCUACCCGAGGAGGAGAACGAGAUGGAGGAGGAUAACAGCCCGUCAUCGCCGGAGGCCUCGUUUGUGCUCAAUUCAAACCCAACCAUCGCAGCGUCGCCGUCGCCGGUGGAGCUGCUGAGCGCAGAAGACGACGACGAAGAGGACCCGCUGCGGCUCGACAACAACUCGCCGCCUUUCUCGCAAUCGCAGCCGGAGUCGCAGCCGUCGCAGCCGACCACGUCGCCGCGCCCGUUCAAGCGGCCCAUGUUUCCGUCGACAAAGCGCUCGGCCUCGCAGUCGCUCAUCGCCUCGCAGGGCUCGCCAUCGACGAGCACAUCGACAACGACGACGACUUCGCCCAGGCGCCUGUCGCGCCAGCAGCGCGCCGUUCCCGCGUCUCCGUUCUCCGCCGCAUCGUCGUCAGGGCCGCCCAGGCGACAGUCUGCGCCGCGACUCCUCCAGGGCAAGAUCACGGAUCUCCUGUCCCCGAAAUCAACCCCAACCUCGGCUGGCCCAUCAUCGGCCCUGGCCACGUCAUCAUCGCCCGCGCCGCCGUCGCCACUGCCACGGCCACAGCCACCACUACAGCCGAGUACUCCUAAUUCCUCGGAUUCCGACCGCGGCACGCCGGCGAGGGCGACGACGACCACGGCGGCGGUGGCGGCGAUUAUGCCAUUCACGCCCUCGCCGCUCACCCCCGCACCGGUGCUUGCGCGCCCGCGUUCACACACCCUCGCGCCCUCGCCCUCGCUCUCGGCGCCAAUGCUGUCGCCCAUCGCCGACUACGCCGGCUCGCCCUCUCCGCCGUCGCCAUCACCGUUGCUGUCACCGCCGCCGAUCAUCGCUUCUUCGCCCAAGUCGCCCAUCAUCAGCUCUGCGACCCGCCGAUCCGCCGCCGCCGGCACCAAGCGCAAACGUGCCGAGGGCUUCUGA